CUCACUAUGCUGUAUAAAUACAGAUAUGUGACAGCUACAUCCUCACUUGUUCUUCAGACUGGACGCCUUGGAAAAUAAAACCAUGAAGGUUCUUGUGGUGCUCGCCCUUGCUGUAUUUACAGGUUGCCAAGCCAACUUAUUUUAUGCUGAUGAGCCCAAGCCACAGCUGGAGCAGCUGACUGAUGCAUUCUGGAGUUAUGUUGCCAAAGCAACACACACCGCUGAGGAGACCGUCCAGAUGAUCAGGAAUUCCCAACUGGGGCAAGAUGUCAAUGCUCGACUGACACAGAGUGCUGAUAUGGCCAGUGAAUAUGCCGUCACCCUCAAGAAACAUGUGGAUCCUCUGACUGAAGAACUGAUGACCAAAAUCACCAAGGAGGCUGAAGUGUUGCGAGAGCGUCUGGGUCAGGACCUGUUGUCAGUGAGAGACAAACUGGAGCCCUAUGCUGACAACAUCAAGAGCCAAAUUCAGCAGAGAGUUGAGGACCUCAGGACCGCCAUGGCUCCAUAUGCAGAUUCCCUGGAUUCUGAGACCCUGAAGGCCACUCUGCUCCAGAAAAGUGAGGAGCUGAGGGGGAGCGUAGAGGAGAGCGUGAAGGAGCUGCAGGCUCAGCUGGAGCCCUACACCGCUGAUAUCAAGGAGAAAGUGGACCAACAUCUGCAGGAGUUUCAGAAGACCGUGAACCCAAUGGCUGAGGAUCUCCAAGCCCAGAUUGCUGAGAGAGCAAAGAUGGUUCAACAGAGUCUGACACCCUAUGCUGAAGACCUGAAGGAAAAGCUGGACCCCUAUGCUCAGGAUCUGAAGGCCCAGCUCACCUCCCUCUAUGAGUCCUUUAUCAAGACAAACUAAAGCUUUAAAGACUUCUGAAUGCUUAUUCCUGCUUGACUCCAAAAUCUCAUACAUUCAGUACAGUACCAUUACAGUACCAUAACUUAACAAAUUAAGUUAAACAAUUUCAAGUUAUGUCAACUUAUCAUAAGUCAAAACCUAAAAUAGUAGGUUGAAUUGAAUUGUCAAGCUGCAUUUUUUUUGCGGUGUAUACAACAGCAAUAUCUUUUUGGUCUUUGGGUUGUCCAUUUAUAAACCAUUAAGAGACAGUGUUAGAAUUAAAAUCUUGGCAUUUACACCUUAACCAUUAAUCUACACCUUUAAAGAUAUCUGUUCUCUUUUUAUUGUAACAGUUGUGUAUUUAUUUAAAUUAAGUGACUCUAUUACUUGUGACUGA